GGAAGCUAACCGUAGUUAGCACGGUGGUGCGAGUGCGCAAUGCGCACGGUGAUCAAAUUAACCAUAGUUAGCCAAUAACAUCGCUAUAAAAUUAGGGUUUGGAGCCUCCGCAGAAGAUCGUGCUUCCCUUUUCUUCUAGGGUGUUCUUUACUUCUUUCUGUGGUUCAAUCAUUUGUAUGGCGAUGGCAGACGUAGAGUACAGAUGCUUCGUCGGAGGGCUCGCAUGGGCUACCGACGAGCAAUCCCUGAAUUCGGCUUUCAGUCCUUACGGCGAGAUUAUCGAAUCGAAGAUCAUUAACGAUCGGGACACUGGGAGGUCGAGGGGAUUCGGAUUUGUGACCUUCAGCAACGAGAAGGCGAUGAAAGACGCCAUUGAAGCAAUGAACGGCCAGGAUCUUGACGGCCGUAGGAUCACCGUUAACGAGGCUCAGGCCCGAGGUGGUGGCGGAGGCGGUGGCUACAGCCGUGGAAAUGGUGGCGGAGGUGGUGGCUACAGCCGGCGCGAGGGCGGCGGCGGUUACAGCCGUGGUGGUGGUUAUGGUGGUGGCGGUUACGGUGGUGGGCGUGAUCGCGGUUAUGGUGACGGAGGAUACGGUGGCGGCGGACGUGAACGCGGUUAUGGUGACGGUGGAUCCCGCUAUUCUAGAAGUGGUGGUGGUACCGACGGAAGCUGGAGGAACUGAAUUUUUAGCGUUAGGGUUUGAAUGUUAUGAUAAGUGUUCUAGUUUUGCUUGGAUGUUCUGAAGAUGGGUUCUUGUUAUGAUUCUGUGUUUCGUGUUCGUACUUUUUUGACCGAUGGAUCUCCACUGUCCAUAGUUCAAAUGUCACUAUCCUAGUUACUCGAUUUCAGAAAUGAAAGAGGAAAAAUGUUUGUUCAA